ACGUCACCGACAUGUGUGAACACUCUAGGUCGACCCCGCCCAAAUCGCGCGAAUCGACUGCUGUUAUGGAUUCAUCGUUCUGAGAAUUUUCUUGGUCCGAGUCGGGACGAGGAUGCAUUCCAAAUACUGUCCCAUCCGUCAGCCCUGUCCUUUGGUUGCUGUGUGCGUACAAGGACUGCAGAGUUCCAGAGAUGCGGAUGAAUGAACUGAUCUCGACCCUGAAAUCUCUGUGGGGCACACUCAGUCAUGGGAGUGGCUCUUCUGGGAAUGAAUGCUCGGAGAAAUAUUUCUUCCAGUGCCUCCAGAACAGGUUCUUAUCUUCUCGAAUGAAUGGAUCGCCCUACGCACCCACUACCUCUGGUGGUUCUUAAAAGAUAUCGAACAGAAGGAGCGAAAAAGCUACCGCAGCAGCUGCCGAGCAUCAUGUUCCAACUUGGUAGCAAAGCUUAGAGUCCCAUACGGAAUGGCGUGCUUACAAGGCACCUGCGAGCCGAGAGGCUACAAUCUUUGUCUCUCUGCUCUCUCUGUUACUUACAUGUGUGCCUGCCAGUGUUGCCUGAUACUGAUUUUCCCCACGGUAGAACUAAAAAAGAACUUUGAUUUUUUCGGGCCGCCGAUAGACUUCAGGGCGCCCAAAUCGGAGGUUACCCUCGCUUACAGUUGUUUCUCCGUCCCCUUCCUUGUGAAUGCGUGCCGCGUGAGCAAAGCACCCAGAGCCUCUCAUUAUACAGGUGUUUCCGCCCUCAACGUACUAGCGGCGCGGCUUUCCCUGCUGUACACCCGUAAUCAAGUAUUGCAUCGUGGUGACCCGGGGCCUGUUGCAAAUUUCGGCAUUCAAAUGUCGCAGUCCGAGGGAUCCAGGGUACAUAACGAUCUCGACGUUGAAAGUGGAAUUGAGAGGGUCUCGAGGUUCCACAAGAGCGAAAGAAGGCCUUCGAAACGGCGAGGCUGGAUUUUGAAUUGAUUCCGCGUGCCUCGUGAAAGAUUGCGAUACAAGCGCCUACCUCGACUAUACUCACCAACAUUUGAUCAUUUGACCCGUUGUUAAUGGGGGCGAGGAUAGGCUCCUUGCCGCGCGACCGAAUCGUG